GAUGAACAUAAUGAAGCAAUAAUUGGGCGGCAGGAGUAAGAGGAGAUGUCGUACACCUUAAAUCUCAGCCUUUUGGGCGUGUCUGGGUCCCUCCCACCUUCUGCCUUCUGGGUGCUGCACAUCGAGCACAUCCCACCGCCUGCCUGCUUGCCUCUCUUCGUCCACUCGUUCAUUCAUCCGUUCAUUCCAUCCCGACCAUCUCCUUGACAUAUUACCCUCUUUCUCUCUUUCUCUCACCUUCCCCCUGCUCCGUCACCUCACUCCAUACCACGUCGUUCAAUCUUCACUCUGCCGUUGGAGUGUAUCUCUCGCCUCACACACUCCCUCCUGAGCACACCCGCUGUCCAUCCCCCAUAACACCAGACACACACACACACUCUUUCCACACCGGCAAAGGACGAGGGCCGUCAACAUCCAUCCACCAUGUUCAGCAGACUUGCGGCCAGAGUGAUCCAUACGGUCAUGUUCAUCAUUGUUGCUGGGACCUGCGCCUGUCUCUAUGCUGAACUGAUCAUUACCAGCAAGGUCAAGAAGGCCGAAGGCAGCCAUUACGACUUUAGCUGGCUGUCGUACUAUCUCCUGAUCAUCAGUAAGUGCUUGUUUCUCAAACUUCAAACCGACCUCGAUCCCGAGUGGCAAAGCAGGAGAAAAAUCAUAAUGCAGCCCAUUAUCUUCAGCAAACCCGCCUCCGCCUCCCGCAUUUUUUGAUACAACACAUGGGCGCACCAGAAAAAAAUCAAUGGGAAUACAUCAUACCAAGGAGAGCGAGAGAAAGAAGGAACUAGGGUUCGCAUUCCGCAUGGUAACAUAUGGCCCCCCAAAACCGUGCGACAUGCUCUCAAAUACCUGAUUAUGAUGCCAUUUUGCGGCUCAGAGUUCAGACCAAGGCCGUAAAGGUGGCGCAAAAGACAUGCGAUGUUUAGCUCAUGGUUUCUGGUACUUUUCACUUUUUGGAGGACCAAGCUGAGGGUCUAGGGGGAGGGCUGUGAUACUCAUGUACUUUGGGUCUUUCCCGGACGGGACAGGACAGGACCAAAAGAAAACCCAUCUGGGUGUAGGCAUCUAUGCCAUUGGUUUCUUAAUAUAGAUUGUUUUUUUCCUGUUGGCCUUUGGGUCCUUGCUUGACACAUCUAAUCCCCUAUUUGAUGGUUUUUUUUUCAUGCAAAAAAAAAAAAUAGGUGCCGCGGGCGCAUUGCAAACA